AUGUCACGCCAUUCCGCAAUCCCCGCCCUGUUGGGUUUGUGCGCCCUGACCCUCGCUGCGCUGGCCUUGGCACAGUCCACUCUGGUCCCAUACACCUUCUACCAGCUGGAAUUGCAGGACAACUUCGCCAAGAACAGCGCCAAUGUCAAAGGGACGCCUUACGAGCCGUACUUCAAGCCGGACCUGUAUGUGUACUCGGAGAUGAUUGAGCCGGGCAGGACGCCAAUCGACUGUGAGACGCAGGCGAUGAAAGGCGACUUCUCGGACAUCAACACGCUUCUGGCCCCGCCAUCGGUGGAGCUGGCCAAUGAAAACGCCUGGUGCAGCUACCCCGACGGCCAGGGCUAUGUUGCCUCGCGCACGCAUUUCCCUAACGUCACAGCAGACAUGAUCAACUGGUGGUUCUGGUGGCACUCUGCCGAGUCUGUGCGCUACAGCCUCUGGCAUCCCUGGGCCCACGUAUCCAUCUCCUCUGACUACACGAGCAAGUUUGGCGAUGCGUCGCUCAACGACACGCAAAAGCGCAUCGGCUCCACCCACCACAUCACCGAGAUCAUCGGAGAAGUGACCGAGACAAUCGACAUUCACUGGAAGAAUGCCAGCUACUUUGGCUUGAAUGUUGACGACUUCCCGGCAAACAAGAUUGUCGCGGAUGCAUGCGGCGAAAUCGUGGUCGGUGGCUCGCUCAAGGCGGUCGACAUGAUUCACCUCUGGUACGACACGGGCUCUGGUCUCGAGCUUCGCAGUCGCUACUUCCUCGGCAACAAUGUCACGCUCACGAUUCCUGUGCUGGGCCAGGUGCUGCCCGUCGAGCAAGUGGCUGACGCCUUGGGUAUCAAGCAGUACAUUGUCGGGCGGGAGCUCAGCUACCUGCAAUUCCACCACGACCAGCAGGAGAUGACACACCUGGCCUCUGUGCUUCCCGACAUCUACCACGCAUUCAGCGGUCGCUCGUAAGCAAUAUACCUCGGCUUCACGUCUUCUCUUAGUUUUGAGGGUGUGCAGACUAGAGGCCGAUGUGAAUAGGCUUGCCGGUCGC